AUGGCCACCAAUCUAGGUAUCAUUUACGAGAGCCAAGGCCGGCUUAUAGAAGCGGAGGCAAUCUACGAGCGAGCGCUACAAGGAUAUGAAAAAUGGUGGGGAUCGGACUAUGAAUGGACGCAUAAAGCAACCAAAAAUAUGGCCAGGAUCUAUGAGACGCAGGGUCGGCUCACAGAAGCGAAGGCAAUGUAUGAGCGAGCACGUCGCAAGGUGGCAUAG